GUUCCCCGCACAGCCCAAGCCUCGGUGUUCCCAGUGCGCUGCGCAGGAAGGAUCGAGGCAGGGAAUUUUCUUCAGGGGACCCCGCCGCCUCUUCACUGCGGGGCCAGGGCUCCGCCUGCGCCCGCCGCAGGACUACAGCUCCCAGCGAGCCUUGCGCCGCCUCCAUCUUCCCCCUCAGAAAUACCGCGGGUAGCGCGGUUGAAACACAGCGCCUUGUUGGAACAAAACCUGUCCUUGAACAAAACUUUCUCAGAGUGUGCUUUGAGCCUGCGGGGAGGCGCGCAGCUGAAAUACAUCCUCGAAUUAGCCCUCAUGAUCUCGUUGGGUUCACUUUGGCAAGAGGCCGGAGUAUCCACUCCCGGGUUGCUCUGUCUCCCAGAGGAGCUGUAAAUCUGCUUUUCUUUCCUGGUGGCGAUGUAGUGUCCUGGGAAUGUCCUCAAAAUACGUGGAAGGCUGAAAGAACGACAGAGAGCAAAACAAACCUCGCGGGAGGUUACAAUGUACACAAAGCCAUCUUGGGAAUAGGGGCGGUUCUUCGCUCAGCAGAGAACGCGGGAAAGAGGAUUGUUGAUAUUGUUGUUGGAAAAGAUGAGAAAGGCAGAAAGAUUCCAGAAUAUCUGAUCCAUUUUAACGGUUGGAACAGAAGCUGGGAUAGAUGGGCAGCUGAAGAUCAUGUUCUUCGGGAUACAGACGAAAACCGCAGAUUACAGCGUAAAUUGGCACGGAAGGCUGUGGCUCGCAUGAGAAGAAAGGGAAGAAAGAAGAGACGCUGCAGGUUGCCUGGUGUUGACUCUGUGUUAAAAAGCCUUCCUGCUGAAGAAAAUGAUGAGAGUAGCGAAAACUCUAUAAGUAGUUCUUCUUCUGAUGACAGUGAUGAAGGAACAGAUGAAGAAAUAAAAAGUGAAGAAAGUGACAUAGAUGAGAGGACAGAAAUGAAAGAAGAACAAGAUACUCAUACAAAAAGGGACAUGGAAGAAAGAGCAAUAAGCAUAGAAAUUCCUGAAGUCUUGAAAAAGAAGCUUGAGGAAGACUGCUACUAUAUUAAUAGAAGAAAAAGGCUAGUGAAGCUUCCUUGCCAGACAAAUAUAAUAACCAUCUUGGAGUCAUAUGUAAAACACUUCGCAAUUAAUGCUGCUUUUUCAGCCAAUGAAAGGUCUCGGCACCAUCAGAUGACUCCACAUGCUAAUAUGAAUCUUCAUUAUGUGCCACCAGAGAAGAAUGUCGAGCUAUGUAAAGAGAUGGUGGAUGGGCUGAGAAUAACCUUUGACUUCACACUUCCUUUAAUUUUGCUGUAUCCUUAUGAACAAGCUCAAUUUAAGAAGGUGACUUCAUCAAAAUUCUUUCUUCCUAUCAAAGAAAACUCAACAAAUACUAACAGAAAUCAGGAGGAACUUUCCCCAAGCCCUCCUCUGCUGAAUCCACCCACGCCUCAGUCGACUGACAGCCAGCCCACCACAGGGGAGCCAGCCACGCCGAAGAGGCGAAAAGCCGAACCCGAAAUCCUGCAGUCGCUGAGGCGUUCGACGCGCCACAGCUCCAACUGUGACAGGUUGUCAGAGAGCAGCGCGUCCCCGCAGCCCAAACGGCGGCACCUCGAGACCCCCGCUUCUAUGCCAAAGCUCUUCUUGCACCUGGAAAAAAAAACCCCUGUCCAUAGCGGGUCAUCUUCACCGAUAACUUUGACUCCUAGCAAAGAAGGGAGCACGGUGUUUACUGGCUUUGAAGGAAGAAGAAACAACGAAUUGAAUGAGGUUUUGUCCUGGAAAUUGAUGCCAGAGAAUUAUCCACCAAGUGAUCAACCCCCACCUCCCUCAUAUAUCUAUGGAUCUCAACAUUUGCUGAGGAUGUUUGUAAAACUACCAGAAAUACUGGGGAAGAUGUGCUUUCCUGACAAAAACCUAAAGGCUUUAGUAAAACACUUCGAGAUGUUUCUGAGGUUUUUAGCAGAAUACCAUGAUGAUUUCUUCCCAGAAUCUGCUUAUGUAGCUGCAUGUGAAGCCUACUACAGUACUAAAAAUCCUCGGGCCAUCUACUGAAGCUAUUAAUAAGGAUUAAAUCCUACUAUACAUAGCCCAUGACAAUGCUAUUCUGCUACAUGGCUACAAGAUGAGAAAGAAAAUAAAACAACUUCUGGAGUUGAAGACAUUGGAAAAUAUCUUUAUGAUGGUUGGAUUACUUAGGAAUUGAGAACUGCUUUUCAGAGACGUGUACAGACAGUGGUGUGAGUCACUUAGAGGGCUGGAUAUAAAUCUGACUCCAGAUGAAUGAAGAAGCUUUGUUCUGACUUUACUGCACAGGACUACUUGGAGUAAUAAAAAGCAAAGGAGGCAAAAGCAGAUGCAUUGGCAACAGGACAUUCUCAUGAAGAUAAAUCACCAUGCUGUGUUUCAUUGUAGCUCAGCCUCUCCUGCCUGAGAAAUAAGACUUGACUAAAUAGUUACAUGAAGAGAAUUUGUGACUGGUACCUUAUGGAUUGUUUUCCUCAAAAAUUACAUUUCAUCUGUGGAACUGUCAUGAUAGAAAGGAUUGCUUAAUGUAAAGGUGGCUUUGCUCUUUGGCUAGUGUGACAUCUGCCUCAAAAAUGACUUUGUUGCUUGAAUGAAAGAUGUGUUGCUGACUUUGCAUUUUGCAAAGGUGUAUAUAGACCUUUCGUGGUAAAGCUGACAGGGUUCUGAGCAGACCAUACACAGCCAGGGAUUCGGCAUUUACCUGGCAAUAAAUGAUUUCCAGAGCCGUUAUGAAAGAACUGAUUUUCUACAAGUAAAUGGGAAAGUCAGUGAAGUCAUUGCAGUUUAAUUGGCAAACACUUAUUUUCUUAAUAAAGUUCACAGUGGCUGCUGUGUGGAUGUGU